GCUCAGCUUACUUUGGGUUGACCACUUCACUGUUUACAUGUGUUAUGCAAAAUUUACGGAAGCGCUUUAUAGUUAAAGUCAGUGAGUCUGAUUAAAGCCGCUCUCUUAUCGAUUCUUAGUAAACUUGCUUUGUGCACAGUUUAUGUUAGAAACAAUUUUAUCGCUGGAAGAAAUUGUUUCACCUCAGAAACGUUAAUGCAUGUGCUGCAAGUCCACGCUGCUCGACUGGUUUGAGACAUAAUGAAGAUGGGAACAGCGCUGAUUUAUGAUGAGGAGAUGACCAACUACAAACUGCUCUGGGUUGAUCCAGCAUGUAAGAUCGAAGUACCCGAGCGUCUGACAGUGAGUCAUGAAGCUUUGGUCAAGAGCGGUCUGGCUGAACGCUGUAUCUCCAUACCUGUCCGCGAGGCGACAGAUGCAGACAUUCUGCUGGUUCACAGCGAGGAGUAUCUGGAUGCAGUGAAGAAGACCCCUUACAUGACUCUGGAGGACCUGAAGGAGUUCACCCUCCAGUACGGUGACGUCUACUUCCACCCAAACAUCUUUCACUGUGCCAAACUGGCUGCAGGGGCCGCACUGCAACUGGUGGACAGUGUCAUGACGGGGAAGGUGAGGAAUGGCAUGGCUCUGGUCAGACCACCAGGACACCACAGUAUGCGCAGCGCUGCCAGUGGUUUCUGUGUGUUCAACAAUGUGGCCAUAGCUGCUCGAUAUGCAAAGCAAAAAUAUGGAGUAAAAAGAGUGUUGAUAGUUGACUGGGACAUACAUCACGGUCAAGGGGUCCAGUACAGUUUUGAAGAUGAUCCAAGCGUGCUCUACUUCUCAUGGCACCGCUUUGAGCAUCAGAAAUUCUGGCCUCACCUUAGAGAAUCAGACUUUGACAGUGUCGGCAAAGACAAGGGAGCUGGAUUCAAUAUAAAUGUACCAUGGAACAAGGUGGGAAUGCAGAACGGUGACUAUCUUUCAGUCUUCUGUCAUCUCCUUUUGCCAGUUGCAUAUGAGUUUUGCCCAGACUUGGUGUUGGUGUGUGCGGGCUUUGACUCAGCCAUCGGUGACCCAGAGGGGGAGAUGUGUGCCUCUCCAGACAUCUUUGCCCACCUCACUCACCUUCUCAUGAACCUUGCUGGUGGCAAAUUGUGUGCUGUGCUGGAGGGAGGGUACAACUUGACUUCCCUCCCCCAGUCUGUGUGUCAGACAGUUCAAACGUUGCUUGGAGAUCCUGCACCUCGACCUGCAAACCUCAAUGGCCCCUGUAAAAGUGCACUUGAGUCCCUUCACUGUGUCCGAUCCACUCAUAGGCAGUACUGGUCCUGCCUCAAACAUGCAGCUGAUCUACCAGCCUGUGAUAUCAGCACCAAGCGCAUGAAACUGGCAGAAGAAGAAGAAAAAACACAGGAUAAAGGGGAAGAAGAGAAAAGUGCAGAGGAAAAGGUGUGGCCAGAGCCUCCGAAACGAGUCACUCCCACUAUUCGUACUGCUGUCGUGUUCCCUGAUGGUGUCGCUUGCCCAGACGGAUGCAAACCCUUCAGAUCGACAGAGGAUCUCGACCCACUCACAGUCAGCAAACUUAAGGAGAAUUUCCUUAAAGAUGCAGAUGACAGCGAUGCUCUCUCCACCCUCUCCAGUCUUAUUGCCCUUGUAGAGAAGAUGGAAAAGAAUGAGAUCUGCAGUGGCUUGGCGCUGGUCCAUGACGUCUCCAUGGCAACGAUGUGUGUUGUCCAGCAUGCUGCAGCUGCACUCACGAAUCGGGUUUUGGUUGUGUGUGUCGGAGACGGGAAGGUUCCGAGUCACGUCACUGAAGAUGGGAAAACAUUUGUGGUGCAGUUCAGCAACAAGGAGUCAGAGGAACAGGAAUGCAAAUAUUACAUUCCUGUGCAUCUGAAGAAGGGCUUCAGCGACGUGUCAGGGUUCAUACAGGCUUUGUUCAGCCUCGUCCUGCCUUUGGGAUACGAGUACGACCCCGGUCUGGUUCUGUUGGUUCGGAUGCCAGAUAGUGGGCUGUCCGAGAGUGUGUGGCAGCACCUAACGGGUCUGCUGCAGGGCCUCGCACAAGGACACACACUGGUGCUCAUGCAGGAAGGUGAGAAGUCAUGUGUCGGCCCCACAGCCUCCUCCCUCCUCGGGGACGCUGCCUCCUCUUUGGGGCAGCUUCUGGCUCCCCAACCAGAGCAUGUAGAGUCCCUGGAGAGCCUGAGACACAGGCUGAAGGCUGACUGGAAGCUGCUGCAGACCACAGCAGAAGAAAUGGGAAGAGGUGAUGAGUUCUGAAGCUGGUCCUGCUGUUAAAAAAAAAGAAAAAAAAGAAUUGAAAAGUCUCAAUGUCUGUGCAUA